AUGGCCGUCCCAGAACCAAGCCAAACACGACAGAAGAAUGUUUUUGUCCUGUGUUUCGAUGGCACGGGCAACAAGUUCAGUGGGAAGGACACAGACAGCAACAUCCUAAAACUCUACAGGAUGCUUGACCGUACCGAUGUGAACAUGUAUACCUUCUACCAGCCAGGCAUUGGGACAUAUGUCAGUUCUCAUUCAAUUCAAACUACCUCGACAUUGGGCCGUAUCCGAUCAUGGUACUUGAAAACCAAAGAUGAGGCUGUCGGCACAUCAUUUGCAGACCAUGUAAUGGGCGGCUACAAGUUCCUCAUGCGCUACUACAGCUGCGAAGAUGACUUGUACUUCUUCGGGUUCAGCCGUGGAGCCUACACAGCUCGUUUCCUUGCCGAGAUGUUAGAUCACAUCGGUUUGCUAGCCGCUGGCAAUGAAGAGCUCAUCAGGUUUGCUUGGAAGACUUACGCCAAAUGGGCUGCCAGAAAGAAUGAUGGCAGCGACCAGGCCAAAAAAGAUGAGGAGGAGCAGUAUGAAUUUAUGCGGGGAUUCAGGGAAACAUUCAGCAGGCCAGUUCGGCGAAUUCGGUUUCUUGGUUUGUUCGACACAGUCAACUCGGUGCCAAGAUUCGAAUCGGCCUGGAUGCAACGAAGCAAGUUUCCUUACACUGCUCGUUCGUCGGCAAAGGUGAUAAGGCACGCCGUGUCGAUCGACGAAAGGCGGGCAAAGUUCCGUCAAGACCUGGUCAGUGGAGUACAGAAUCAAACCGAGGACCACGGACGCCAUCACAUACGUCGCUAUGAGUCCGACCUUUUGCAAAUGAACGAGAAGGCGCUAGCGGAGGAAAACCACGCGGAGCAUGCGGCACAGGGAGGUCCGAAGAUUACAUUGACCACCUCAUCAGGCGGCCAACUUGCAGUCCCAGGAGCCGAGCUUGCCUCACAGAGCUCCUCCGAAAGUCUCGCUGCUCCAAUGCAUUCUCCUUCUACUGAACAUCUCCGGGAAAGAGCAAAAUCACCUCGAAAGCACGCUAGACGUCGAUGGUCACAACCCAAUCGACCUCAAGAUGUGCAAGAAGUCUGGUUUGCGGGUGGCCAUGGAGAUAUUGGCGGAGGAUGGGAAAAGGGAGAUAAAGAACACUGGAUGCUCAGCCAUACGCCGUUGGUGUGGAUGGUCCAUGAAGCUGAGAGCGCGGGGCUGAAAUUUGACCCUGGGUAUUGCUUUGAUGGUUCUAACGCCUGUAUUGAUCCGACUCAGAAGCUGACUUGUCACAGCAAGAUGGCUCGUUUAGGCUGUUCGCCCCAUGCAGUGGACGAAUUCGGCGAGAAAAUUGAGGACACCACUACGCGCAAUUCCUUCCACCAAACCUUGGAAAGUUGCUACACGGAUGCCACAAUCCACGAUUGUCUGAAGUAUAAUGGGGGGCUGCCUCAUGGGACUGUGUCUUUUUGGAAAAUGAUGGAAUAUCUUCCGUUUCGAAGAAUGGACUUGCAAGAUGGUAAAUGGAAAGCUAUUCGCUGGCCACUUCCCAUGGGAGAGACUCGGGAUAUACCAGAUGAUGCCCAAAUCCAUAUCUCAGUGAUCCGGCGCAUGCAGGCCGAUCCGACAUACCGUCCAGGCAACCUGAUCAUCGGUGGAGGUGGCCGAGGAGUUCGGAGAGCUCCUGAAAAGUAUGGCAUUGGGGAAUGGAUGUCGCACAUGUGGGAAGGUGAUAUUAUCAAGCAUACCUUUGUGCGGAAGCAACCGUCUUCGGCUGACUGA